AUGGACUCAAGCAGUUUGUGCCAGAGAUGUUCCGGAAUCAACUUGGACAAUUUGGUGUAUUCCCGUUGGAGUUCUGAGCGCUACGACGACCAUGCAACAAUCUGCAAGAUCGAGGGAACCCCAGAUGGCUCUUGGCUAUCUUCGUCGUGCGCUCUGUGUAAACUGUUUAGCACUAUCUACCAAGAUGGCGGAUUUGGUGAACUAGCAGGGCAGAAUGGGCGCAAUGUUAUCCUUCGCAACCCAUGGGUUACUGAUGACAUAGUCGGCAAUGUUGAAGAAAAGGCUCCGCUUCUUACAGUACAGGAUGUACAUUGGCUCGACAUCCGCGACAAAGAUUAUCUUCUUAAUAAUCGUUACAAGAGUCUUUGUGUACAAUCUGGUCCAGCCCGGCCCAUCAAAAUCUUAGAUCCUUAUUCUAUUGACUUUGACACUAUCCGGGUGUGGUUGUCAGUGUGCUUGAAAAGUCACAAACAGUCAUGCGGUCUUUCCAAUUACCCUGAGGUUCCAGGCUUGCGGGUGAUUAAUGUUCUAAAUAAGAAAUUGGAGCCUGCAAAAAAGACAACCCGCUACGUCGCGCUUAGCUAUGUAUGGGGAAAACCGAGUGCGGAUGAAGAAUCUCAUUCUCCUACUACUCGUUCUCGCUCUUCGAAAUGCGAGGCAGAGAGCUUACACGAGGACUUAAACACUCUCCCAAAUCGCAUUCCUGCAACUAUAGAGCACGCCAUGAUAGUAGUAGCGGAACUGGGUUUUCAAUUUCUUUGGGUAGAUCGCUAUUGUGUUCCUCAGGGCGAAAGCAAUGCUGAGGAGAGACAUGGUCAGAUAAAGCAAAUGCACAAAAUAUACCAUGGUGCGGAUCUUACUAUUAUCGCUGCUGCGGGGGACGGGCCUCAGUAUGGUCUCCCAGGCGUGAACAAGUCACCAAGAAAACGCCAAGAUUAUGGUGUCUUUGGCAAACAUACGGUAGUCUCGACAAUGACAUCGGCUCGAGUGCUGAUAGAGGGCACGUCAUGGCACAGUCGUGCGUGGACUUACCAAGAAGCAAUAUUCUCUCGCAGACGGUUGGUGUUCACCGAUGAACAAGUAUUCUUCGAGUGCCAGGAAAUGAGUUGCCGCGAGACAGUCGAUUAUAUGUGGCCUUUGGAUAAAUACCGCAUUUUCUUCGACGCGUAUUUAGCAACUACAUUCGAGGGAGGAUUAGAAUUUGCAUAUGAUCACAUCUCGGAAUACACCCAACGCCUACUCACUUACGAUUCUGAUGCCUUAAACGCAAUCCUAGGCGUGUUGCAGCUUUAUUCAUCCAUGAAAACUCCUGUGUUCCAUUUCUGGGGUGUUCCAAUGGCACCGCGAUACUAUUAUCCACGGAGCAGUUAUCAUCCACUGAGCAGUUCGUUACAUAGAUCUUCUUGUACCCUGCAUAUUACUUUUCUGAGGUCCCUUUGUUGGAUCCCAAAUGACACAGGACAUCGGCGUUCGGACUUCCCAGCGUGGUCAUGGGCUGGUUGGUCAUGUAGUGUGCAUUUUAAUUCCAGAAUAGCACGUGCCGAACGAUUUGCUGUUACUGUGUCCAUUGGCCAUACGGAUGAAAGUUUCAAAACUCUUGAAGAUACGUUCCAUCAAGGAAUCAAGCCUAACAAGCUACAAUAUCUUUCAAAGACCCUACGACUAACAGGUAAGGUCGUCAAGUUGAGGGCCCAGAUAUUCCUGGUAAAGUCGUCCUAUCAUCCCACUGAGAUCGGAAAAACAUCAUUGCUUGUCUGGCCUUUGCAACAUGAACAGAUGUAUGGAGAUGUUCAAGUAAUGAUUCCUGUUCAACUCUUGCAGCCAUUAGAUGAGCAAGCAGUAUCAUUGUGGAGAAAUCACCCUCCCCAACUGCGCGGCGUCCUGAUGGAGCGCAAUCAAGAUGAAAACGUCCCAGACACUGUAUUUGUACUUGUUGUCGCAGAGGUUCAGGAAAACAAGUACGAAAGAGUGGGAUAUCUAGAACUUGGAGAUGGUGAUUAUGACUAUGCAGGUGAGGCGGGACCUAGGUCAGUGUCGACGGGUCAGCUCGUCCGUCUUGGUUAUGACGAGUGUUGUUUGAGGCGUGAACAAUGGGAGACUGACAGCGAUGUUUGUGAAAUAGACCUUAUCUGA